AUGAAUGGCACGCUGACAGAAGCGAACAUCCCCCGCUGCUGCUGCUGUGCCUUCCCACGUCCUCCCUGCCCACCAGCCCAUCACCCCCCACCCUCUUCUCUCCCCUCCGACUGCUCCACUAGUCUCCAAGGCAUUUCACAGGCAACAACCGAGGCAAUGCGCCGCCGCACCAUGACUGUCGUGGUCGUCCUCCUCAUCCUUCUCUGCGGGGAGGAUGUCCGCGCCGACUACUCGGUGCAGUUGGCAACGACGGCACUGUACUAUGCGAAGGCAGCGUACUGCAAGGCCGAAGCCAUUCCCAGCUGGACUUGUGCCUCCUGCGCCAGGAACCCGGGAUUGCAAAAGGUGCGUGUAUUUACGAAUGCCGCGCACAGCACGCAGGCGUUUGUGGGCGUCAACGAGAGCAUGAUUGUGGUAAGUUUUCGCGGGACAGUGGAUAUUAAUAACUGGCUACACAAUCUGGAUUAUAUUCGUGUUGCGUACAUACAGGAUGGCUGCGUUGGGUGUCUUGUUCACACCGGCUUCGAUUGCGAAUUGAAGUCAUUGUGGGCGGAGAUGUGGGGGUACCUACAGGAACUUGUUGCGGAGAAAGGAAUCGAGAGAAUUCUCGUCACUGGACACAGCCUUGGCGGCGCCAUGGCCAAUAUCGCUGCUGCCAAUUUGAUGUCGCAGAAUUCCUUGUUUCCCAGUGCAGUGAAGGUUUUGCUGUACACGUUUGGGCAGCCGCGCGUGGGAAACGAGGCAUUCGCCAACUGGCUUCUUGCAUCGUUUUGCCGCGGCGGCCAUGAGUUGUACCGCGUGACGCACAAGCGGGAUGUUGUGCCCCACCUUCCCCCCAUGUUCGUUGGGUAUUUACACGUUCCCCAUGAAGUAUGGUACGACAAUGACGGGGACACGGUGCACAAGAACUGCACUGAUACCUUUGGCACACCGUGUUCUGCUUUGACCGCCAAUGAGGACCCCAAUUGCAGUGGCAGCAUCUAUCCCACUUCCAUUGAGGACCACCUGAAGUACCUGGGUGUGUGUAAAGGCUGCUUUUUUUUUUUUCAGUAA